UCGAAAUCAGCUGAUUGUUGUGUCAAUUCUGAAAAAUAUUUUUAAAUUGGCUGGAAGGAACUGCAAAAGCAAAAGGAAAAGCAAGCAGAAUGGCGAGUGAAAUGGCCCAUCGGAUGAAGGCGAUCAAGUGCCCCACGGACGAGCUGUCGCUGACGAACAAGGCGAUUGUGAACGGGGCCGAUUUCACGGAGGAGGUCAAAUAUGUGGACAUCUCGCCGGGACCGGGGCUGCACUACAUCUUUGCGCUGGAGAAGAUCAGCGGGGCGGAGCUGCCGCUCGGCUACGUGGGUUUCUCCCUCGUCCAGCGUAAGUGGGCCACGCUCUCGAUCAACCAGGAAAUAGACGUGCGUCCCUACCGAUUCGACGCCAGCGCCGACAUCAUAACACUCGUGUCCUUCGAGACGGACUUCCUCCAGAAGAAGACCACCACGCAGGAGCCCUACGACUCGGACGAGAUGGCCAAGGAGUUCCUCAUGCAGUUCUCCGGAAUGCCCUUAACCGUCGGGCAAACGUUGGUCUUCCAGUUUAAAGACAAGAAGUUCCUGGGCCUCGCAGUGAAAACUCUGGAGGCAGUGGAUCCCCGAACUGUGGGAGAUGCUCUCCCGAAGACGCGGAACGUGCGUUUCGGUCGCAUCCUUGGCAACACGGUGGUGCAGUUCGAAAAGGCCGAGAACUCCGUGCUGAAUCUGCAGGGUCGCUCGAAGGGCAAGAUUGUGCGCCAGUCGAUCAUUAAUCCGGACUGGGACUUUGGUAAGAUGGGCAUCGGUGGCCUGGACAAGGAGUUCAACGCCAUUUUCCGACGCGCAUUCGCUUCGCGCGUUUUUCCACCGGAAUUGGUCGAGCAGCUGGGCAUCAAGCACGUUAAGGGUAUCCUUUUGUACGGACCACCGGGUACGGGCAAAACCCUGAUGGCCCGCCAAAUAGGAACCAUGCUGAAUGCCCGCGAGCCCAAGAUUGUGAAUGGCCCACAGAUCCUGGACAAAUAUGUGGGCGAAUCGGAGGCCAACAUCCGGCGAUUGUUCGCCGAAGCCGAGGAGGAGGAGAAGCGCUUGGGACCAAACAGUGGGCUGCACAUCAUCAUCUUCGACGAGAUCGAUGCCAUUUGCAAGGCUCGUGGCUCGGUGGCCGGCAACAGUGGUGUCCACGACACGGUCGUCAAUCAACUGCUGGCCAAGAUCGACGGCGUGGAGCAGUUGAACAACAUCCUGGUGAUAGGGAUGACCAACAGGCGGGACAUGAUCGACGAGGCCCUGCUGCGCCCUGGCCGCCUGGAGGUGCAAAUGGAGAUCAGCUUGCCCAACGAGCAGGGACGCGUCCAGAUCCUCAACAUCCACACCAAGCGGAUGCGGGACUUCAACAAGAUAGCCAGCGAUGUGGACAACAAUGAGAUAGCGUCCCGGACAAAGAACUUCAGUGGAGCGGAGUUGGAGGGACUGGUUAGAGCAGCUCAAUCCACCGCUAUGAACCGACUAAUCAAGGCCGAUUCCAAGGUUCACGUAGAUCCUGAGGCUAUGGAGAAAUUGCGAGUAACGCGCGCCGAUUUCCUCCACGCCUUGGACAACGACAUAAAGCCCGCCUUUGGAGCCGCCCAGGAAAUGCUGGAGAACCUUCUGGCGCGUGGAAUCAUCAACUGGGGUCCACCGGUAAGUAGGAUCCUGGAGGAUGGCAUGCUGUCCGUGCAGCAGGCGAAGGCCACCGAGAGCUCCGGCCUGGUGUCUGUUCUCAUCGAGGGGGCGCCCAACUCCGGCAAAUCAGCACUGGCCGCCAAUCUGGCCAAGAUGAGCGACUUCCCGUUUGUCAAGGUUUGUUCCCCGGAGGAUAUGGUGGGUUUCACCGAGUCCGCCAAGUGCCUGCACAUCCGCAAGAUCUUCGACGACGCCUACCGCUCCACGCUGAGCUGCAUUGUGGUGGACAAUGUGGAGAGGUUGCUGGACUACGGUCCGAUUGGACCCAGGUACUCGAAUCUCACGCUGCAGGCGCUGCUGGUGCUGCUGAAAAAGCAACCGCCGAAGGGUCGCAAGCUGCUGAUCCUGUGCACCACCAGCCGGCGAGAUGUUCUCGAGGAGAUGGAAAUGCUGCCGGCAUUUACGACAGUACUGCAUGUGUCCAAUCUGUCAACGCCCGAGCAUGUGCUCGCCGUGCUGGAUGACUCGGAUUUUUUCAGUCCCGAGGAACUGCAGAACAUUGCAAGGAAAAUGGCCGGCAAGCGGGUGUGCAUCGGCAUCAAGAAGCUGCUAGCCCUCAUCGACAUGAUCCGGCAGUCGGAGCCCCACCAGCGGGUCAUCAAGUUCCUCAGCAAAAUGGAGGAGGAGGGCGGCCUGGACCUGGUGGCCAGAUCGCACUAGCUACCGCCCAUUGUCGAGCUGCGGCUGUCCGUUGUGGAGCUAAACGACGCCUUCUAAUUACUUUACAUUCCAUUUCCAAACACCUAGGGUGGGUCGAUUUGAUAGAUAGGGAAUUUCUGGGGCACAUAAGAAGAAGAUUUUUUAAACUAAUUAGUUUCAAACUUAUUUAACUGAAUCACUGAUUCACUUAAAUAACGUAUGAAACUAGCCCGUUUAAUUUUUGUAAAAGUGGCUUAUUUCUGCAAAAUAAUAAUUUUAUUGAUUCAUUAAAACAACGCGAUAUUUUUAAAAUUUUCAGCCCUAAAAAUUCUUUGACGCUACAAAUCGACCCACCGUAGUGUAAAUUUAUGAAAAUCAAUUUUGAGAUGAAAUGAAGACUCCAUUUUACCGCUUUAUUAAGACGGAGUAACAUUCAUUUCAGUUUUAUUAAACUAUAAUAAAGCGCACAACUAACCCCUAACUGAA